AUGACAGCUGGGAGCUCAAAUGGAACAGCCAACACCUCCUACACUGAAUUUCUCCUGCUUCCCUUUCCGGGCCUCCGAGAAUCCAGAUAUCUCCUCGCCAUCCCUUUCUUCUCCUUGUUUGUUAUCAUUGCCACGGCCAACUCUGUCCUGAUCUACACUGUGAGGGUAGAAGCGAGUCUCCACUCCCCAAUGUACCUGCUCAUCGCUCUGCUCUUUGCAGUCAACAUCUGCGGGGCUUCAACCAUCCUUCCCAAAACGCUGCUGAGUCUCAUGUUCUAUGCCAGCCACAUCUCCUUGACUGGCUGCCUUGCGCAAAUGUUUUUCCUCUACUUUUCAACUGGUCUCGACUGCAACAUUCUUCUCAUGAUGGCGCUGGACAGGUAUGUCGCUAUCUGCCACCCUCUGCGCUACACAGAAAUCGUGACCACCAGAUUCCUGAUUUUGCUAACCCUUGCAUCUUUUGUUUGUACCCUCUUCGUUGUUGGCCCAGUGGUGAUCUUGGCUUCGCGGGUGCGGUUCUGCCGUUCCAACGUCAUCAGCCAUUUUGCCUGUGAGCACAUGGCUCUCAUGAGGCUGUCCUGCAGCGACAUCUCCGUCAACAAGACGGUGGGGAUCGCAUUGAGAUGCAUUUACAAUAUCACCAACCUUAGCUUCCUUCUGGCCUCCUACAGCAAAAUUAUCCACACCGCCUUGAAGAUCUCAUCCGGCAACGUCCGGCACAAGGCCUUCCACACCUGUGGCACCCACCUGAUCAUCAUCUUCAUUGGCUACUCCUCCCGUCUCUCCUCCUCCAUCGUCUUCCGUGUAGCCAAGUCUGCCUCCGCAGAUGUCCACAAUCUGAUUAGCGCAGUCUACCUGUUGUUCCCUUGGGCUGUCUACCCCAUUGUCUAUGGCGUGAGAACCAAGGAAAUCAGGGUUAACUUCUUGAAACUCUUUAGAAGAAAAUUGUCUCCCUUUUAA